AUGUCUUAUUCGAGUAAAGGGAUCGAAUUUGUAUCAGGAGGACUGGAAAAGAGGUACAAAUGUAUACAAUGCCGCAAUGUUCUACAAGAUCCAGUCCAAUCCAACUGUGGUCAUAGGUAAGCUUAAGUUGUAAUAGUUCUAUGGUACUAUGGUAAACAGGAAGUUCUAGAAAAUUCUUUGCAUCAACUGAUUUUUGGACUGGAAUGUUUUUUACUCCAGUUGAAAACAAGAAAGUAUUUCGCUCCUUGCCGGCUUUGUGCAAAAAUCGCUUUUGUUAACGGCAAUUUCUACGCCAUACUCCCUUCAUGUCGAUCAAUAAACUUCACGAAUAACAGAUUUCCUUAAUACGCUGUAAAACUUUGACGCUAAAAUCCAAUUCUCAGAAUUCUUUGUUAAUUUGCCUGAAAGACAAAAAAGGUAAGCUUAUUUUGCGUGUUAUUGGGUUUUACUCUUUCGUUCGCGCAUUGCGUUGAUUAAAAUAAGCUUACCAGUAUUCGAUCUGACUUUCGAUUUCCUUUUCGGUGACGUUGAGUUUGAAGAUAUAUAUUUCUGAAUCAGUGGUAGAGGUCGUCGAUUGGUGACCAAGACGGCACAACUAAUGAAGCAAUUAAGCUUACCAAAAAUUGGGAGAAAAAGUAGAAGACGGUAACACAGACGUGAUUGCAGAAAUCAUUGCUAAAAAAAGAUAUUUCGUGGCUGUAAUGUGUUUGUCACCCAUUUGAUCAUUGCCUAACAAAGGGCAAACAUGUGUCCACUACGUGUGUAGAUAUGUUAAGACUACCACGUCUACCAGUUGUGAAAUACAAGUGACGUCAUGACAGCCAUAAUUGGGAAACAAGCCCUAAUCUCAAGGGACAGUGGGGGUGUUCAGGGCGGAAAAACGUAAUGAGCAUGCGUGAACUUUUUUGCCCAGAUCCCCUGGUCGGGUUUGAAAAAAUGGCGGGAUUUCAAAUAUUUUAGUGCCUAAAAAUUAAAAUGUUUCCACUUAUAACCUGGAAAGAACAGCCAAUUUGCCUUCAAAAGUUGCAAGUUGUGGUUAUAACCUUAUCGUUACUUAAUUUUUUCAAAGAAUACCUCACAGUAAAACGGACUUUAACGACAUUAAUUUCCUUGCGUUGUACUGGAAAUGUGCAUGCGUAGGUCUGAUUUUUUUCAAGAUGCAUUCACAAAAUGUGUUCAUAUAAGGAAGUUCCUGGAUAUAUAAGGUCCGGAGCUCCACUGUGGACACAAAAACAACAUAUCUUUGGACAGUGAUUUGCCCAAGAAAAUUAACGCUUGCCCACAAUGUGUUUGAAGUCACUGAACUUUGUCGCACUCGAGCUGAUAUUUUAAAACCCUCGCUCGAUCGGACACUCGUAGUUUCGCAGAUCACUAAAAAAUAAACAAAAUCCUCAAUGUAGAAGUUAUUGUGUUGAUAUGUGGUCAGAAAAAAGGUCAAUCUUUAUCUGGUAAAAUCUUCCCAAAAAUCGGUUUCAAAGCAACUAUAGUUUUUUAAACUUGCUCGUGUCGCACAGAUAUAUAAAUUUUGCUUUGUGUUGUCAAGUUGAACACGCAUAACAUCUGUCAAAAACCUACGGGUAAGUAGGAUUUCCUUCAAACAAAGUUAAAGUUAUAUUAUUUCAAAAACUUCUUGCUGACAAUGAAGAAAUGAAUUUUCUGUACGAAAACAACUUACCUGAAGAUCUUAAAAGCAAAAGAUGCAACUUGCAGAACUUGGCAGCUAAGCCAUGAUUCACCAUUUAGCUAUUUUAAGCUUAACUGGUCCAUGCGAGGUCUUUGUUUAACCAAAUUAAACUAAGCCGAUUAUUAGAAAAUACAGAAAAUUGCACAUAAGGGUUUGUUUUGCUCGCCUCGGUCAAAUCCAGCUGCAGCAAUUGUUUACGGGAAAAGAGUCAAUUGUUUUGAAGUCACUGCCCGUAGUUGUUGUUCUCUACUUCACAGCGAGUGAAAAGGACAAUUUGCGUACAGCAAGUUAUUCUUAUAAAGAAAAGAAACUUUCACAGUGCACUGGAAAACUAAACUAUGUAAUAAAAAAUGAAAAAACUCUGACUGCUAUUACUUGAGCAACAGAAAAAUGAUCCCGAGUAAGCUUGCUGGCCUUCUAUUUCCGAGGAAGUUUAAUAAGCGCACCAGUUUGUUCACUCUGAUGCGUUAUAACAAGAAAAUGAGUCUUUGACUGAAGACAAAGAUAAAGCUGGUUUUGCAAAGGUAAUAAAACUGGGCGUGUAAAAAAAGUAAUUGUAACUACUAAUAACAGAAUACAAGCGGGUUUUAAUUCAACCCAGCGAAAUCAACUCAUAAAUUAAUCGGAUGUACAAUCAAAAAAAAUACUCGCCUCUUUAAAAAUGUUCAAAACCUUUUAUUCCACCUCAGACUGACGGAAUGGUCCGUUUUUCCUUUAACAUCGGUUGUUCUGAAUUGAAAGUAAUUUUCAAGCAACGAAAAAAAAGCAAACAUGUCAAAUAAAAAUGCUUUACAGGGAGCAAACGUUCGCACCUCGUGCACUUCACUCAGAGCUCCAGCAACAUACAAACACAGUCACAGAAAAGCCCGCCUUGAGCCUGCGAUAAGAGAUGUGCAGAAGCUUGCGCAGAACGUUUUUCCGCCCUGAAGUGGGGGUGGGGGAGUUGGGAAAGAGACAAGGUCUGGGACAGAGAAACGAUGUUCUCACAAGUUGCAAAGUGGUCACCUUGGGUGGUGGUCAGUGGACAAUUGCACUAUUUUUCCUGUAAUAAAUAUUUUAAACGCAAGAAGUUGGACAGGUUAUUCAAUAAUAUUGAAAAAAUAACACCUUAUUACAUGAAAUUUUUGUGACAUGUUUAUUUCGCGAUUUUGUUGACACUUAAAUUUCGCAAUUUUGCGAAAAUUUUAUAUUUUGAAUCUAAAUUUCUCGUUUUUGAGUACAACAAUUAACAUUUCGAAGGCAAUAUUAUUUAACAUGUCCUUGAAUUAAAUAUAUAUAACAUCAAAAUUAAGAAAAAUGCAACAGCGGGACUAAAUGUCAACAGUAACAACAAAGCAGUUCUCAAGAUGUCCACAAGCAGUUCAUGCUUUUACAUGAAUUAUUGUUCUGAAGUCAAUUGACCACAACAUCCAUUAACACUGAAAAUUCCUCAGAAAAUUAAAAUUGUGAUUUUGUAAGCAUUUCAGUGGUAAUAAACUUGUUCUUUCUUAAUUAUAGACAUAAUGUGAGUCACUUAAUUUUUACGGCAUGUUAUGUUUGCAACACUUAUUGUUCGCGUCACUUUAAUCUCGCGAUUUUUUUUGUAUCGCAAAAUUCACAAAAUUUAAGUGUCGUGAAAAUUUCAUGUAAUAAGGUACCACACCUCUUUGCUUUUUUUGCUUAUCGUCUUUGUCCUUAGGUAGUGAAAUUGCCAAACAAAAGCGACAGUUACUGCAACUGUGUAAAUUCUUAAACAGACACCCACGUGCUGGACUAUUGAUCGAGUUUAUAGGUUGACAUCAUUUUGCUGCGCGAGGAUAUCGAAAGAUUAGAGAAGUUAUGAUGCUGAUAAAAAUUACUAGAGAAAGUGUCAAAUUUAUUAGAAGCAACGUCUAAUUAAGAGAGCUUUAUAAAUAUGAGUGUACAUACCUGAAAAAACAGAUUCACACUUCACAAGGUAACAUUUGACUUUGUUUAUUACGAUCAGUCAACGCAUUGAAUUCAAAGUUAAAACUUAAAAUGGUCCUAAUAAACAAAUUGCAACUAUUUCUGAAAGCUCUGUACCUUGAAGUGACCUCAACAUUCCUUAGGUUUGCAGCAAAACACUACUCAAUAGCUCAACUCUUCGGUGUUUCUUAUCAGCCAUAUGUUGCACAUUCUAAACUCUGUGGAGGAAAAUUGUUUAAAAGAAAGAGCAAACCACUCACUAUGUCUGAAAAGCAACAUUAAAUCAAUAAAUUUGCAAAUUACCACAGGAAAAAAUAACAGAUUCCCAUUUUUAUAUAUUUUAGGGUAUUUAAAGAAUACCCACCAAAAUCCCAAAUUUGGAAGAGUGAGACAAGUCCCAAUCAGGGAACUUGGUUGGGAAUUCCCUCGUUGGGACUUGUCUCACUUUGCCAAACUUGGGAUUUUUAUGGGUAUUCUUUAAAUUAUACCCUAAAAUAUCCAAAAAUGGGAAUCCGUUAUUUUUUCCUGUGUACCAAAAUAUAGCAGUGAGAAACUGUACCGUCUUUGACCACCAUGUUCUUGUUCCUUCUCAAAAGCCAUUGAUCUUUGGUUUUUGACACAAUGCGCAUGAUCAGGACAUAAAUCAAAUAAAUUUGCAAACUUGCGGAGUGCAAUAAGCUCUCUUGUUUAUAAUGUUCAGAGAUCGUUUAUGCAAGUUUUAAUUUGCAGAUGUGAGUAAAGGUAUUAUUAAACUCAAACUCUUGCCAUAAGCCUGUAGUUGCACCCUCCCCCCCUGAACCUGCAAAUAAAACCCAACAAUUUGUAGAUUGCAAGGUCAUUUAUGAGGCCCUCUCAGGGGGAGACAUAUGUCCCUAGUCUGAUUUUUGCUUCGCUUAUUGAGUAUUAGGCCAUGUCCCUGUCGGUAUUCAACCCCUCUUCAUGUCAUUUAAUGUUGACAUUGCAAUGUCCCUUUUUGGAAUUUUAUUGUGACUGGGCCUCAUUUAUUUCUUACCUUGUUUCUCUUUUUCCCUUUCUAAGUUUGCAUCAUUUAUAAUGUUUGCCAUUAGUGAAAGUUUUUCCUCCUUCACUAUUGUGUUCCUAGAGGAGGAAUCUAACUCAUUUCAGAUUUCUGGGAAGAUCAACAGGGAAUAUAAUAAUAGUGCUAUUUAUGUCAUGAUGAUAUAAUUUGACUAGAACUGCCAGAAUUUUUUUCAUUGUUAGGUUCCUCAGUUCAAAUUUAUUAUUGCCAGAGAGGCUUAAACUAAAAAGCCUUGAAUUGAAAAAGACAAUAGUGUUAAAUACUCUGGUGGCUGUAGGUAAACGGUCUUACCCUCUAUGAAGAUUUGGGAUUCCAGUAAUCUUACCUCUGGGUAGGAAAGUUCAUGUAUCUCACGAGGCUUUGUUUCCUAUUUUUUUAAAAAAUAGGAAAGUAGGCAAAAGUUGUAAGCUAAAUUUUAGGGCAUUUUUACCUAUACUAAUUUGCCAGUUAACUGCCUAACUCUUUGUUAGCAAUCAGUUUGAUUGAGCCCUGAGGAAUACAUAUGCAUAUGCUUACCUGUGACUCUUGACUUACAGGUUUUGUAUGUCAUGCUUGGAUGAUAUUUUCAAACAGAAACCGGCAGGUGAAGCUAAAUGCCCAGAUGAUGGAGAGGUUCUUAAAAGAGAAGAAGUUUUUAGGGACAAGUGUGCACAGAAAGAGAUACUUGCUCUGGAAUGCUAUUGUCCUAAUAAAUCACUUGGCUGUCUAUGGACCGGAUUACUAGCUUAUCUUCAGGAUCACGAUGCCGAAUGUCCUUAUACAAAAGUGAAGUGUCCAUAUAGUAACCUUGGUUGCAAUGUAGUUGUCUUAAGACACCUAUUAGCUAAACACAUAGAAAAUGACUGUGUGUAUAAGGUCACGGAAUGUCCUUAUUGCCAUGUUGGUUAUCCUGGGGUUAAAACGAGGGAGCAUUUAGAAGAGUGCGGAAAGUUUCCAGUUAAAUGUCCUUAUGGUUGUGGUGAGAGUGAAAUUCUCCGGGAAAGUAUUCCAGAGCACUCAAUAUCAUGCCCGCGCGCGCCAACGCAGUGUAGGUUUAAAUCUAUGGGCUGUGAUUUUGAAGGUCCAAGGGAUUCCUUAGACGAACAUCUUAGUUCUUCUACCACUGAGCACCUAAUAUUAUCUACCAAAUUCGUCGAAAAACUCACCGAUGAGUUUAGAAAGUUAAAAGUUCAGUUGGAUGCUUCUCAGGCAAUGAAUCGAACUUACGAGGAAAGGCUGGCAUUACAAAACGAGGCUUUAGCACUCAACAGGCAAACGCUGUCCACGCAUCAGAUGAAGCUAACGAAAGUGGAGGAAAAUCUUUCUGCACAGCGUACGAGUAUAGACGAGAUUCGUCAACAACUAACGACCGAGUUGAACUCCAGAGAAAAUACUACAGCGGGUCUGAACGUGGUUGACAUAAUACGCCGUUUAGAUUUUCAAGAUGAAAGGUUAGCCGUAUUAGGGGAAGACGUUAGGCGGCUUAACCAGGCACCGGCGCGUCCGCGCUACGCGGCUUCAGCAAGUUCUGGUGGAAGUGAUCAUCGGUUCGAUCGUGUAGAACAUUCUUUAGCUCUGCACGAAAUCCAACUGGCAGACCAAGACCUUAAACUACAGAUUAUGGAGACCACCUCGUAUGAUGGGAUCUUUUUGUGGAAAAUCGAUGAAUUUCAACGUAGAUUUCGUGAAGCAGUUGAUGGGAAAACAAUAUCCAUCUACAGUCCUCCAUUUUACACUGCCCGCUAUGGAUAUAAGCUUUGUGUACGGGCAUAUCUCAAUGGUGAUGGGCCAAUGGGAAAAGGGAAAUAUUUGUCGUUGUUUAUCGUAGUAAUGCGAGGGGAAUACGAUGGCUUAUUGAGUUGGCCUUUUCGCCAAAAGAUCACAAUGAAGCUGCUGGAUCAAGAUCGAGUCUCGGAUGUUACCGAGUCCUUCCGACCGGACCCGAACAGCUCGAGUUUUCAAAAACCACGUUCAGAUAUGAACAUUGCUUCGGGCUGCCCAACGUUCUGUACACAUCAUCUGUUGCGAUCCAGAGGCUACAUCCGUGAUGAUUCGAUUUUUAUCAAGAUAGUUGUGGAUCCAACGGGGAUGCCUGUAAUCUAA